UGAUUGCGAGCGCUCCCUGCUGCCUCACAUGAUCUGAAGUGGAUUCAGGGAGAGAAAGAAAACGCUGCAGAGAAGAUGGCUGAGUGGGGCCUGGGUUCUUCUCUAAUACGUUUUUUUCCUACAAUUGCCAUCUUGGUAACAUUCAUCCACUGCUCCAAUGGAGUUCCCUGGACACAAGAAAAGUUUCAUCACCAAGCAGUUACACUAACACCUGAUGAAGUCCGGACAGCCUUGUCGCACACAGACCUGACACAGAUGUGGCAGAGGGACCUGGGGCCGUUGCUUGUUGCCAGGUAUCCAGGCUCUCCGGGCAGCCAGGCUGUGCAGCAACAUAUCAAAACAACACUGAAAUCCCUGGGAGCCGGCUGGGAAGUGACAGAGGAUAGGUUCAUUUCACAAACACCUUAUGGACCACUUCCCUUCACCAACCUCAUUGCCACCCUCAACCCAUCAGCCAUGCGCCGCCUAGUCCUGGCCUGUCACUACGACUCCAAAUACUACGCGCUGCAAUGGCACGGUAUAGAGUUUCUAGGUGCCACUGAUUCCGCUGUGCCCUGUGCUAUGAUGCUGGAGCUGGCAAGAGCCCUAGAUGGGGAGCUGAAAACUCAAAAGGCCUCCUUCGCCAACCUGACCUUGCAAUUGAUUUUCUUCGAUGGUGAGGAAGCUUUCAUCCACUGGAGCCCUCUUGACUCUUUGUAUGGCUCCCGUCACUUAGCACACAAGAUGGAAAACACCCCUCAUCCUUCAGAAGACAAAGACACCAAUCAACUGGAUGGCAUAGAUAUGUUUGUAUUAUUGGACCUGAUCGGAAGCCCGAGCCCACGCUUUGGUAACCACUUCCCAGCAACAACGUACUGGCUCUCCCGGCUGCAGAGCAUAGAAAAACGUCUCCACUUCAUGAAUCAACUUGAAAAUCAUCCGGACAGUGUUGAAUAUUUCUGGCCAGAUCGACAUGCUAGCUCCAUUGAUGAUGAUCACGUACCAUUCCUGAGCAGAGGUGUCCGCAUUCUUCAUCUCAUUCCCUCUCCUUUCCCCGUUGUGUGGCACACAUUUAAUGACAAUGAGCAGAACUUGGACCGCCCCACCAUCGCAAACCUCAACAAGAUUUUACAGAUCUUUGUCCUGGAGUAUCUUAAUAUCCGCCCUGUGAAUACCACAGAUGAAGUGGCAUCUAAGUAAUUCUACCCUGUAUGCAGGGGUGAAAGUGGCUAGAAUUUCUUGCCGGAACUCCCUGACAUAAAGGUUGCCACAGAGCCCCCCUAAAAAUGUUUUUGUUGUUUUUGUGUGUGUGUGUCAAACCUCCUAAACCACCGAAAUGCAAAGAAAACUGCUUUUGGCAGUUAUAACUAUACCACACCAUAAAACACAACAGGUUUUACACAUGCAUCAGGGUACUGCAUUACACUUGCUGUAACAAGGCAUACAGUACAUAAGAAACUGAUUGUCAUUCAAAAUUGUAUUUUUUCAAUUAUGUGCGAAAUAAGAGUGAACAAAAUCACCUUGUAACCCCAACCUCCAUCUCCUAAUUUUUAUUUUCCCUCAUUUUCUCACAUCUAAAUAAAUACCUCGAUUUUAACUACCUAAAAACAGUAAAGUGAAAUGGAAUAUAUUUUGAAGAUAACGCAAACAUUGACUUUUUUUUUUUUUUUAAAUCUAUUGUAAGGAAAUAAAUAAGUAGCCUACCAUAGGUAAAUGAACAAAAAUAAGUCCAAAGUGCACAUGAACUAUAUUGACAAAUAUACUGUAUCACAUUUGAGACAAGCAUUUCUGGAACUCAUUGCAGUAAAAAAAUGUGUUCAAAAACCUUAUUGUGUUCUCAAUCUCACUUUAGUUAUAUUUGUUUUACGAGAACUGCAUGUAAUGCUUAAUGUAUCAUUUAUGAUACAAAUGAAAGAACAUAUACAGUAUACAAAUGGCUUUUAAAUACUUUUUCCCCCCAAAAUUAUUAUAUUAUGUGAUUUUUUUUUUUUUUUUUUAAAUCAGAUUUUCUGUAAAUUUUUUCUGGGUUCAGGCAUUAUAACAUGGAAGAUGUUCUGAACCUACCCGUCAGAGCAAAUAAAAUAAGCCUUUUCAACUCUUUCCUUUCUCUUAAAGAUCUGAUCCAUUUUCCAUUGCAUUGCCCUCUUUUAUCGCACUUAUUCAACAAGCUUGUUCUUUUUUUUUUUUUUUUUUUUUGUAGUCCUAGAAACAUGUGCAUUUUAACCAAUCAGCUGAUCACAUGUCAGUAUGUCAGCCAAUUGACAAGUGGAAUCCAGGCAGGGUGUUUUGCUGACUGUCUCGUUGGACUCAGAUACUCACACUGGGAGACCUUCGUAGAAUAAAUAAAAAAUAAAUAUCGGUGGAAACGGAUGACGCUACACAAGCACUUUAUUAGGCUUGUUGUUAAUACUUGUGUAUGUAAAUCUGACAUUAGUAGAUUGUUUUCUUCUUGGAGAUUCGUGUGUGGCAUCCGAGCAGAUUUUUUAUUAACAUGGAGAUUUGACAAUUGCUGUCAUAUUUUCAGGAUCAAAGCACCGUUUAGCCCCCGAAUUUUAUAUCGGAACAGCGUUCCGGACCGUUCCGGCCUACUUUCACCCCUGAUGUCUUUCGUUGAUAAUGCAAAUUUAUUAACCCAUAAUGUAACGUUGAAAUUUAAGUCAAUUGUCUUAUGUGGAUGUGUAAUGAAUGUGAAAUUCAUAUGCCUUCUGUUAAAAAUGACAGAUUUCUGGUGAGGACAUCAUAUUGCGAAAGCAAAUAUAUUAUCUGUGUAUACACUAUGUGAAUACAACAUAUCUUACAUUCGAGGCUCAAAUUAAGAUUAAGUCUGAAUUUUCACGUACACUCACAAAUGAAUGGGCUUUUAUAGCUUUAGUCAUGUAAUGAGACCACAUGUGAACCUCUGUAUUCUACAGUUAAUCUUUACACCAAUAUCUAUACAGUAUACUAUUCAUCAGGAGAAUGUAGACUUAUUUGUAUUUGUAACAAGAGCUUUGGACCUCCAUAUCCUGUUGUCUUGGCAAAAUGAAUAAGAGCCUGUGUUGGUGUACGCCAUUUGCCUGCCUUAAUUUAUUUUAGUGAUUUUUAGUCAAAUAUUUCCAAUGACCUUUCAUGUGAAGGACUUUUUUGGUACUUUCAAUUAAAGGGAAAGACAAGGUUAAAUGUAAAUAACUAUCACAUAAAAGACAGUUGCUCAAAAUAUUUAAAUAUGCAAAUUGGAAAUUUCUUAGACUUAUGAUAACAGAGAUAAUGUUUGAACAUAUAAAAAUGACAGUUUAUGGGUGCAGCCAUUUCGUGAUGUCAUUUAAACCAGUGCACAUACACACUAAUAAACCUGAACACAGAUGCAUGUAUUAUUGACAUAACUAGGAAGGGUGGGUAAUUUGGGACAGUCACAUUUGAUUGGCUACAAUAGUACAGGCAUUGCCAAAAUGCCUGCCCCUAUGUCAGGUGGUCACUUCCUGGUAAUACUGGCUUUUAUUGACCUUUUCCUUCUCUAUUACACGGGAUAUGUCUUUUUUUUUUUUUUUUUU